AUGAUUUCACCAGUGAAGGACCAGACUCGACUAACAGAUUUUCAACUAGUGCUACUCAACUUGAGCUCGCUCGUCCGGAUAGACCUUAGUUCUAACCAGUUCAAAGGUAUGCUCCCAUCUAAUAUGAGCAGCCUUUCUAAACUGGAGUCUUUUGAUAUUAACGAGAAUUUAUUUUCUAGACCUGUUCCCUCUUCUCUCUUCAUGAUCCCUUCGUUGAUUAAACUUAACCUGGGACGUAACCACUUCACCGGUCCUCUUGAGAUUUUGAAUUUCUUCUCUUCACAAUAUAACCUUUCAAAAUUAUACAUUGGAGAAAACAAUUUCAGUGGACCAAUCCCAGGAUCUAUAUCGAAACUAGUCGGACUCUCGGAACUUAGCCUCUCUUUCUGGAACACAGGAGGGGACAUUGUUGAUUUCAGCAUCUUCUUGCAUCUCAAGUCACUUACCUCACUUGAUCUUUCAGGGAUUCAUAUGAAUAUCAGUUCAACGCUCCAUCUUCCCUCAAGCAUGAGAAACUUGGUUUUAUCAUCCUGCAAAAUUGAUGAAUUCCCCAAGUUUCUACAAAACCACACCAGUUUGUAUAGUUUAGACAUCUCUGCCAAUCAAAUUAAAGGCCAACUACCAGAAUGGUUAUGGAGUCUUCCAGAGUUGGGGUAUGUAAACAUUGCUCAUAAUUCCUUUAGUGGAGAACUAACUGUGUUACCAAACUCUACUGUCGAUAGCUUUAUAGCCUCUGAUAAUCAGUUUUCGGGAGAGAUUCCUAGAGCAAUAUGCGAAGUUGGUACACUUGAUCUUUCCAACAACAACUUCAGCGGUUCUAUUCCCCGGUGUUUUGGAGUUUCCAAUACAUCUCUUUCGAUCUUGCAUCUUCGAAAUAACAGUCUCUCUGGUGUUAUUCCAGAGGAAUCUUUGCAUGGUUACUUGAGAUCGCUUGAUGUUGGUCUCAACCGGUUAUCAGGACAACUUCCCAAGUCGCUGAUCAACUGCAGUUAUCUCCAGUUUCUGAACUUGGAAGAUAACAGAAUCAAUGACAAAUUUCCAUUCUGGUUGAGUUCGUUGCCCAAUCUGCAGAUUCUUGUCCUUCGUUCUAACGACUUCUAUGGGCCAAAUAGCUUCUCCUAG